AUGUCUCUUGGUGCCAAUAUGUCACCCACUGUUUCCUCAUACACCGCAAACUCUAUUCCUACGACACCUCCAAGACCCUCCACCGGAAAAAACUACUCUCCUUUGGGGUCACACCACACUCGCGGUAAUAGCCAUCCCCCGCCCAGUGUCUCCGGAUCACCGCAAAGCAAUGCCACAGGCUCACCAAGAUCAAUGCAACGACCUUUACCAACACCGACGCCUUAUAAUUCGUCCUUCCGACAAUCCGUAAUUUCCGGCACCACCUCACUCAAGGAAAGUGAUAUCGAUUCACUGCGUAAUAGCAGUGUCUCUCAUUUCCGUACCUUAUCCCGAAUAAAGAAUGAAGGUGCCAAUGAGGAAUUUGCCAUCGAUGCUGGACAGGAUGUAGCGGGGAUGUAUGGUCGGAAGCGACUGCAGAGAGCAAAUACCGACAACUUGACCAGCUGGGAAAGAAUGAAUUGGAUGGACAAGCGACGGCAGUAUAUCCAAGCUUAUGAGUAUUUGUGUCAUAUCGGCGAAGCCAAAGAAUGGUUAGAAAACUGCAUUGGCGAACCAAUCCCCCCGGUUGUCGAGCUGGAAGAAGCGCUAAGGGAUGGUGUGACCCUCGCGAAGUUAGUACGGGUAUUUGCGCCUGAGCUAGUGCCCAGAAUAUUUGAAGCGAAAAAGCUACAAUUUCGCCAUUCGGACAACAUAGACCGCUUCUUCAAAUUCCUCAAGAGAGUCGAGCUUCCAGAAAUCUUUAUAUUCGAACUCACCGAUCUUUACAACAAAAAGAAUAUUCCCAAAGUAAUCUACUGCCUACAUGCACUCUCUUACCUCCUCAUUCGCCUCGGUCUUACAGAUAAUUCUAUUGGUAAUCUUGUUGGGAAACUUGAAUUCACGGAAGCCGAAAUUCAAAAUACCCGGCGAGGUCUUGAUAUGGCUGGAGUCAGUCUGCCCUCUUUCCGAGGCGUAAACAAGCAUUUCGUCGAUAUAGAACCAGAGCCAGAACCGAUCGAAUCAGAGGAGGAUAGGAUCGAAAGGGAACUGAAAGAGCUGGAACCAAACAUAACCGAGCUUCAAAGGAUAUGCAGAGGGUUUUUGGUUCGCAACAGGUUGGGCCACCAUAUGGAACUCCUUUGGGACUCGGAGGAUUCUCUCACCGAAUUACAGGCUCUUAUCAGAGGAAUGUUUGCCCGUAUCGCAUUUGGAUAUAAGGCAGACAUGGCUAGAUGGGCCAAGGAUGUUCAGGCACAUACCAGAGGUUAUCUCAUUCGACAAGCUAUAUUAAGCCAGUUACGGCACUUUACGAGCCAUGAGAGAUUGAUCACACGACUUCAGGCCCGAUACCGAGGAAGGAAGCUAAGGGAGAAGUUCAGGAAACAGAUGAUGGAGCUGGAACUAGCAGUGGUUGGGGUUAUAGAAUUACAAGCCGCGGCAAGAGGUAUGCUCUUAAGAGCGAAACUUGGUGCUCAAAUGGGUGAUAUGGACAAUGUUUUCGAAAGCGAACAAAGAAUCACCGACGUGCAAUCUGCAAUCCGUGGAGCGUUGGCGCGGAGGAAGAAGGGCCGCCUACUUAGCGACUUGAAUGAUGCUAAGAAAGAAGUUACAGAAUUGCAAGGGGCUAUCCGAGGGAAAUUGUUGCGGAAAAUAAUUUCAAAAGACGCUAAAAAUUUAGUGAAAGCCGAAGAUUCCCUCACCAGAAUGAUGGCCGGUGCCCGAGGCAUGCUUGUAAGGAAAGCCAUCCAGCAAGACCUCGCAGCAUUGAAGGAAGUAGAGACCACAAUUUCUGCACUACAGGCCGCCGCUCGGGCAAACCUCGUCAGAGCGGAAUAUCGGCAGAAUCUAGAGCGUCUCGAGGAGGUCAGUGAGGAGGUGGUAGAACUUCAAGCCCAUAUCCGAGGUGCCCUGGCCAGGAGCGCCAUUGACGCCAUACUAGACGAGCUAGAUGCCCAAGCCGGAAGGGUGGUUGAUUUACAAUCAAGAGCUCGGGGUACCCUCCAGCGCUGGGCCGUUUCCGAUAUCCUAGAUGCCCUCGAUAGCGAGGUUGACGGUAUCACUAAUAUCCAAGCAUACGCUCGCGGAUCUCUAUUCCGCCAACGACAAGGGCGAUUCCUGAGUGGACUAUUUUCCGAAAUAGAUUCGAUUAUUGAAACGCAAGCUGCAAUCCGGGGUGCUCUGGUCAGAAGCUAUAGGAAAGCAUUUUUCGGGAAACUAAAGCACUUUAAAGAGAAUAUGGAAAAGGUUGUGAAGAUUCAGAGCUUUGUUCGAGCAAAGCAACAAGGGGAGGCCUAUAAAUCACUAAUGGGCGGUAAGAAUCCACCAGUCGGAACCGUGAAGAACUUUGUCCACCUUCUCAACGAUAGUGAUUUCGAUUUUGAUGAAGAAAUCGAAUUUGAAACGCUUCGAAAGAACGUCGUUCAGCACGUCCGAGCCAAUGAGCUGGCCGAAGCCUAUGUUAGUCAGCUUGACAUCAAAAUUGCCUUGCUUGUAAAGAACAAGAUCACCCUGGACGAGAUCAUUAGGCACCAGAAGCGAUUUACCGGCCAUGUUGGAAAUCUACUCAGCAAUACAGCAAUAGCUAGCUCCGACCCCUUCGACCUCAAGGCCCUCAACAACAACUCUCGUAAGAGGCUUGAGCGUUACCAACAAAUGUUUUUCGCCCUUCAGACUCAACCACUAUACCUCGCUAGAUUAUUCAAACGAGUUCGAGAGCAAAAUACCCCUGAUCAGGAGAUAAAGAAAAUUGAAAACCUAGUGAUGGGGAUCUUCGGAUACGCUCAGAAGAGACGCGAGGAGUAUUACCUACUAAAGCUGAUCGCGAAGAGCAUCAAUGAGGAAGUGGACAACUGCAGUCGUCCGGAGGAAUACCUAAGAGUCAACUUCUUUUGGAUGAAACUAGCUAUGAAUUACAUUCGAUCACCCAGGGACAGAAAAUUCAUGAGACACGUCCUUGGCACCCUGGUUAGGGAAGAAUUCAUCGAGAAUGAGGAACUUGACCUCGAAUGUGAUCCUCAGCAAAUUUACUUAUCGUCCAUCAACAACGAGGAACUUCGAACCGGUCGAAGAUCCAAACGUGAUCCAAAUGUUGGCCGCGAUAUAGCAAUCAAGGACCAAGAAACCCGAGAGACCUUCGUUGCUCACCUCUCUGCUUUGAGGAACCUUGCUUACGACUUUAUAAGCUCUCUCGAAGACAAUCUCAAUCUCAUGCCGUAUGGCAUACGAUAUAUCGCCCAACAAUCUGUUAGAGCGCUCAUGGAGCGGUUCCCCGGUGAAGACGAAGAAGCAAUUCUGCAAAUUGUUGAGAAUUUCAUUUACCUAAAGUAUUGGGGCCCUGCGGUGGUGGCUCCCGAGACCUAUGGUGUUGUCGAGAAAACCCCAACUCCAAUGCAGAAGAAAAACCUUGCGGAACUUGGGAAGCUCUUGAAUCAAAUUUCCAGUGGCCGUCUCUUCGCACAAGCCAAUCUCUUCCUGCAGCCUCUCAAUCACCAUAUCCCCGAGGCGGUUAGCCGGAUGAAGAGCAUUUUCAGGACAAUCGUUAGCGUUCCUGAUUUGAAGACGCGUUUCGACAUGGACGAGUUUGAAGAUCUUACCAGCAAAGAGAAACCUACACUUUAUAUCAAGAUGUCCGACAUCUUCACAAUCCAUCGUUUGAUCGCUCAGGACAUCGAAUCCAUUGCACCUAGCAAGGAAGAUCAGAUGAGAGUUAUUAUCAGCGAGCUUGGGAGUGUGAAGACUUCAGAAGCUGAAUUGAAGAAUGUUGGGAAUACCGAAAUUGGGCUCCAUCUUGACCCUCACUUCCAGAAGAUCGAAGACCCGGAUAGUGAGGUUAAUGCACUAUUCGUUGAGACCAAACGUUGCAUUCUUUACAUCAUCCGCGUACAAACCGGCUCAAAUCUUAUGGAAAUUCUCGUAAAGCCCAUCACGGUUGAGGACGAAGAACGGUGGGAGAUCCUCUUGGAGGAAGAGCGAGUGCAAACCGGAAAGAAGAAGAAUGCCUAUGCAGACGCGACAACCCUCUGCGACAUCAAUUCUAUGACAUACGGAGAGCUCAAGAGGACUGCCCUGGAAUGCAUAAUCCGAUUAGAAUCAACUGGAAAAAUCACCCGUAAGAACCAGUACCAGGACCUUUUAAAUGCCAUUGCGCUCGAUAUCCGAACAAAGCACAGACGCCGAGUCCAGCGAGCCAGAGAAGUUGAAGGUGUCAAAUUAACGCUUGCACAUCUGAACGAGAAGGCCACCUACCUAGAGGGCCAACUUCAGAGUUACAAUGACUACAUCGAACAGGCGAUGGUUACUCUCCAGACCAAGAAAGGGAAGAAGAAGGUUGUCCUGCCUUUUACUCGGCAGUACUUCCAUAUGCGAGAACUUCAGAAAUCCGGCCGGGUGCCCGAAUUUGGAUCAUUCAAAUAUAAUGCAAGAGGGUUGGCAGAUAAAGGCGUGUUGGUGAGUUUGGCAGGCUUUCCAGAGAGGAAGUGGGAUAAAAUUGGCUUCACUAUCUCUUCUGAAGUAAUUGGGGUUUUCCACAUCGAAGCCAGCAACGGCAGUAUGAUGAUUCCUGGGGCCAGUGCAGAUGUCUUGUUGGACGAUCUAUUACAGAAGCAAUUCCAUAACAACCAGUUUCUGGUGGUGUGCGAUGGUAUGAUCAAGUUUAAUGUAAACUUGCUUCUUCACCUUAUCUUCCGGAAGUUCUACCGAGAUGAAUAA